UUUUACAGUCAUUGGAGUGCAGCUACUCCAGUUGUGCAGGAUCAUACUAUUGAAGUUUACCGCUGUAAGUCGCUGUUGCUGUGAUCGUCCUCUAGAUGGCAGUAGUACACAGCACACUGAUAGCGGAGGCGCUGGAGGAAAAGCUCAGAACAAGCAACAUUAAACUCGUGUUGAAGAUGAGAAGAAACAAAGAGGCUACACUUCAGCUUUUAUCAACUCUAGAGAGAUUAUUUAGCGAACACGACACAACUCCUGCCUUUCUUCAUUAUAUCCUGGCUCUUGACUGUCAAUUCCUCUGUGAAAGCGAUCAGGAAUAGCGGACUUUUACCGUGUUCAUAUGUAAACAGGCCUGAUGGAGGAGACACGCCGUCAUGAGAAAAUCAUAGAAAAUACACACUCACUGAAGAGAAAAAGCAAAAAAUGCUUCACCUGCACUCAGUGUGGAAUAAGUCUGGCAGACAAACACGGUUUCAGAAAUCACAUGAGGAUCCACACUGGAGAGAAACCAUUCACAUGCUCUCAGUGUGGGAUGAGUUUCAGAACCUCAUCAACCCAUAAUACACACAUGAUGAUCCACACUGGAGAGAGACCAUUCACAUGUUCUCAGUGUGGGAUGAGUUUCAGAACCUCAUCAACCCAUAAUAAACACAUGCUGACCCACACUGGAGAGAAACCACACCAAUGUGAUCAGUGCGGCAAAACAUUUUUGAUGGCUUCAUAUCUGAAGAAACACCUUCAAGUUCAUACAGAGGAGAGGCCUUAUUCAUGCACUGUGUGUGGAAAGAAUUUCAGACAUGAAAAUGUUUUAAGAAGUCAUCAGAAGAUCCACACCGGUGUGAGAGAGUAUGUGUGCUUUGAGUGUAAUAAGACCUUUCUUACGGCUGCAAAAUUGAAAUCACAUGUGAGGAUUCACACUGGAGAGAAACCUUACAAGUGUUCACACUGUGACAAGAGAUUCAGUCUGUUAGAAAGCCUGAAAUCACAUGAAAGGAUUCACACUGGAGAAAGACCUUACAAGUGUUCACACUGUGACAAAAGAUUCAGUACAUUAGGAAGCCUGCAAAGACAUGAGAGAAUUCACACUGGAGAGAAACCUUAUACGUGUUCACAUUGUGACCAGAGAUUCAGUCAGUUAGAAAACCUGAAAACACAUGAGAGAACUCACACUGGAGAGAAACCUUACAUGUGUUCGCACUGCGACAAGGGAUUCAGUACAUUAGGAAGCCUGAAAACGCAUGAGAGGAUUCACACUGGAGAGAGACCUUACAUGUGUUCACACUGCGACAAGAGCUUCAGUCAGUUAGAAACCCUGAAAACACAUAAACGGAUUCACACUGGAGAGAAACCUUACGAGUGUUCACACUGUGACCAGAGAUUCAGACAGUUAGCAAGCCUGAAGUCACAUGAGAGGAUUCACACUGGAGAGAAACCUUAUACGUGUUCACACUGCGACAAGAAAUUCAGUAGAUCAGGAAGCCUGAAAACACAUGAGAGGUUUCACACUGGAGAGAGACCUUACAUGUGUUUACACUGCGACAAGAGAUUCAUUGAUUCAAGGAAUCUGAAAAAACAUGAGAGGAUUCACGCUACAGAGAAGCCUUGUAACCUUGAAGGUAUAAGGGUCGCCAUAGUCUAACAAAACUGAGUAUCUGCUUUGUUUCUCUUUAGAUAAUCAAUUCAGACACCUGUAGUGAAAUUAGCUCAGUUUUUGAAUAUUAAUGAUCAACAGUAACGAGUUAUUAUUAAUUAUGAAUAUUCAGAAUUAACUUACACUCCUGAACAAAAUCUUAAGACCAGGGGAAACAUUACAGUAACUUACAUUUUGCAUAGGUAGAUCUCGAUCUCUUUCACUCAUUGUGAGAGUUUCUUUGAUGUGUGGAAGAUGUUGUCUUGGGUGGAGCUUGCAACGCAGAUCAGAGGAUAUGCAAGACGUAACUUCAAACUGAGUUUAAUUUGCUGGAAAAUAAGAAACGUGGACUCGGGCGAGUCACGUGAGUACAGAAACGCGGUCUGCCCCAUUAGGGGCUCUUCUGUGUAGACCUUCCGCCAAGACCUUUCUGUAAAGGUUUUAUGGGUGUAAGAGGUAUUUAAAGACAUUGGACAGGUGACUCUUAGGGUGCUUUCACACCUACACUUUUGUUUCGGAACGCAUCUCGUUUGCCCAGUUAGCGCGGUUCGUUUGGCAUAUGUGAACAGGGCAAUCGCGCUCUGUUCCG